AGUUUAGAUGAUGAUGUAUUUCAUUUAAUAUAUCAACUAACAAGUGAAUGGGAGGCCGUAGACAAAUGCCUUCCACACAUUAUGGAUACUCAACAAAUGCAAAACAAACGCAAAAUCACUCGUUCCGAAUCUUUUAUUUGUUCAUUCAUAAUAAAUGCUCGACAACUUGCAGAUUCAUUAAACAUUCCACUUAUAGAAUCUGGGAUGUUAUACGAUCAAAUACUUUUCACUGGAUGUGAAUCAUCAGCUGACGAAAAUAAACCUAUUGAGAAAAUAAAUCUCAACAAAGAAGAUACAUGUAUUAUUUCAACAACUUCUACAAUUUCCUCAAUGCAUGAUCGCUCUCAAUCGCCAACUACAUUGUCUCAAAAUUCACAAGGAAAAGGACAAAUGUUAUUUAUUGUAAAACAAAUCAAAAGUUUCAGCAAAUCCUCAAAUAAUAAUGAGGAAGCCAUAUAUUGUACCAAAACCCGCGACAAAGGAAUUAUCGAAACCUUUCAAAAACUAGGCUUUAGAUUCGCUGAUCCCAGAUUAAUAGCUCCAAUUAUGGCUCAAAAUGUUGGUAUUCCUGUAAGACAAAUGCAGAAUCAUUUAGAAAAGAUGUAUCAAUAUUCUAUCUCAGGAUCAAUACCUUACUUAGAAACUGAUGGCGUUUAUGCAGGAUUAUUUGUUACAAGGAAUGAAAAAUAUUAUGCUGACGGAAGUUUCAUUAGAAAUGGUCUCGAGAUAUUAGUAAUGGAAAACCAUCGACAUCAAAUUCCUGUUUCUAAAUUACCUACAAUUAAAACGAUCGGAGAAAUAGAAAUGAAUUAUAUAAAAUUAAAAGAAGGAAUCCAUUUAGAUGAAUUUAUUUCACAACUUAGAACUUCAUUUCUUGGAGCAGUUUCAAAUUUUGAUUCAACCCGUUCUAAAAAUAAUUUAAAAUUCAACAAAAGGCUAUCUAAACAAAACGCUAUCGAUUAUUCAAAAGAUAAUAUUGAUUCAUUAAAUUUAACUAGUCAACAAAAUGAUGUUUUGGAUGGAUUUAAAUAUGAAUUAGCACAAUCUUUACACAGAUUAAUUCAUAUUGUUAGUGAAGAACAAUUAUAUUCUAAUGCUAAACUUGUACCUAAAAUAUUUGAUAUACCAAUAACCUCAUCAUCUACAACAAAAGACAAACAAAAAUUUGCAAAAUUAAUAAUAUUUUAUUUAAUACUUUCACCAAAUGUAAAACCAAAAUUGUCAAGGGGUGAAGUUUGCUUUUUACCUUUUGGUAUGUUUGAAGUUUAUCAAAAUAUUUUAUAUUAUAAUUCAAAAAUUUUUGGGAAAUUUAUGCAAACACAAAAUAAUACUAACAAUAAUAGAAUAUCAAAUGAUGAGGAAGGGAUUGAAAUGACAGUAAUUGAGAAUAAUGAUAUAGAUAUUGAAAAAAAAGAUACAUGGACUUUUAAAAAUUUAAUAAGUUUAUUACAAUCAAAACCAAAAGAUGUUAGACAAUUUAUUCGAAAUACAGAUGAAAAACGUUGGUAUCAUACUAUUAUUGAGGACAAUUACGUUAAUGAUACUGAAAUUAAUGUUCAUAUCGAAGUGAAAAGUCAGUAUGAAAUAUAA